AAAUUAAUAUAUUUAGUUUUAAUUAAUAUUUGAACACUAGAAAAAAUUUAUAUUAAUAGUACCACAAACUCACAAAAUAAUUUGAGUUUUGUAAGAAUAUUUAGUGAAUUCAAUAUAGCUGUUAUAAUUUAAUUAAAUUGAUUGCAUUGUAAUCAAGAGAGUUAUGUACAUUUGAAAUUUGAACAUCAUACUUAUUUGAUUCUUCAAAGAUGUUUUCCAGUGUCGCUCAGUCAAGACUGUUAGUAAAGAAUAUUCUAUCUACACAAACACAGAAACUUUUGAUGGGCACGAGUUUCCCAUCUAAACUAGUAUAUUCAGAACAUGGAGUACCAUCCGACGUGCUUCGGAAAGAAAACGACAAUAUCAGGGAACCGAAAGAAAACCAAGUGCUCUUAAAAAUGCUUGCAAGUCCAGUGAAUCCGAUUGACAUUAAUGUCAUUGAAGGCAAGUACAUUUUUAAGCCUCAGUUACCAACCGUAGCAGGUAGUGAAGGAGUUGGAGAGGUUAUCUCUGUAGGACCAGGUGUUUCCGAUUUGAAAGUAGGAGACCAUGCAGUAAUUAUGACAAUGUACUCUGGAACGUGGAGAAGUCAUCUUACAGUACCGAGAAAUAGUGUAUUGAAAGUUCCCAGUGAGUUAGGACUAGUAGAGGCUGCAACUUUAGCUAUAAACCCAUGUACAGCAUAUAGAAUGCUAAAAGAUUGCGUCAAUCUGAAAUCCGGGGACACCGUAGUGCAAAAUGGUUCAAAUUCGGCUUGUGGCCAAAAUAUAAUACAAUUGGCACGCGUUUGGGGUAUUAACACAGUCAAUAUCAUACGAACAAGGCCGAAUGUGGAGGAAGUUAAAGAUUUUUUAACUAGUUUAGGAGCCACUCAUGUGCUGACAGAAGAAGAGUUCAAAUCAACCGACAUAUUCAAAUCGGGCGAAGUUGCUGCGGCGAAACUGGCCUUGGAUUGUGUGGGGGGUCAAAGUGCUGCUGCGUUGCUAAGGAAUCUGCAGAUUGGCAGUACAUUGGUGGUGUACGGAGGCAUGUCGAAACAACCAGUUUCGAUUCCCGUAUCGGCACUUAUUUUUAAAGAUAUUCAUGUUUGUGGAUUUCGCAUAGCUAAGUGGAUGGAAGAGAAUAAUAGGAAUGAGCACUGGCAGAAGAUGUUAGAUGAAUUGAUUUCUUUAAUGGUUAAUAAAGAGUUAAAAGGAUCUGUCCACAAGAUUAUAGAUAGUGACAAUUAUAAGGAAGCUUUAAAUAAUACCAUAACUGAAAAAGGAAUGGUUGGAAAGAAGUUUAUACUUUCUUUUAAUAAAUAAAUGUUUGUAAUUUA